AUGAAUUGUGAUAUAUGUGGCGACAAAUCAGUGGGUCGUAAUUACGGUGCCAUCACUUGCGAGUCGUGUAAAGUGGGGAAAUGUCGUUCACACGGCAAUUGUCUGCUCAAUAAGAUUACUCGCAGAAGUUGUAAGAGUUGUCGUAUAAAUAAAUGCUACGAAAUGGGAAUGAGAAAAGUAACUGGAAUUGAUAAGAAGUCGAGAAUCUGAUGAUAAUAUGUCGGA